GCCACACCGCCGAGUAGGUAUAUCCAGCCCUACGAAGGGUUCACGGCGCCACACUUCGUGGUUCCUACUGUGUGGUUCGCCCCGGCCAGGAGCACACGCUCUGUUGAUCGCGAUGCCUGUGAAAUUGCGCUGGUUAGGUGUUGAGUAAAAUGGAUAAAGGAACUGUCGAUCAAUUAAGGGGUUGUUGCUAUAAAGCAAAGGCGAAGAGUCAUGAUUUCUUGGUCUCAAUGUCAUCAGCAAGAACAUCUCUGUUGCAAUCUCAAUCAACUCCUUAAGACUUCAGAUAUAUCCUCGGUUCAAACACCAAACCAAAUCCUUCCAUCAAAAUGAAGUUCUCCAUUGCAUUGGGUUUCAUGGCUGCUGGCCUCGUUGCCGCUGUCCCAUCGGCCAACCAGCUUCGAUCCGUCAGCGACGUGCUCCCCAACCUGAAGCGCGACGUCUCAGGCGCCGGCUUCGUACAUGUCGGCUCUGACAACGUCGUGCGCGCCUUCGACAAGAACUUCAACGUGGUGGACUACGCGAGGCUCGACGACAAGGGCACAAUCGGAAAGGACCCCAGCGCGGACGUUCUCGCCGAGGCCAAGCUCGCCAAAGCCAAGGCCAUCGAGCAGACCUCCAAACCGCGCCUGCCAAGCCCCCUCGACGCGCGCCAGGAGAAGAGCUGCCCUAGCCAGUCUUGCCCGGAUGACACCUACUGCAAGGACUUGUCUAUUUACGGAUACGACUGCUCGACUUGCCUGAGUGUCACGCACACCGUUGGUAACUGCCAGAAGUAAGUCACGGGGAGUCAUGGCGAUUAGACAGCUUAGACGUGGUGGUUUGAAGGGGGUGUGUUGUGGAGGAGUGGAGGAUAAGUUGCGCUUGAGAUGGUAUUGAGGGGAGGAGUCGAAGAAAGAGUUGUAAUAUUUUCAUUCGCUGCCGCUAAUUAGAGCGGAAUCUAUUGAAUAUAUAUCGAC